AUGAGUUUGGUAAAGGAAGAAUCUAUGGGUGACACGUUCAGCCCUUCACAUUCGGUGUGGAACUCAGAAACUGCCCCUAUGGUUAAGGCACUGCCUAAAAGUGGGCAGGGUCCUUUGCUGUGUACUGUUCAACUUUCUUCUUUAGCAACAAGGGAUGACGAAUUUGCCCCCAUUGGGCAUAAAUUUGGCCACAGAUUCAAUAUGCGAACAAAAGCUGCUGUCAACAGAGAUCGUGAAGAGGGCAUCGAGUUGUCGGGCCCAAACACUGGAUCGAUAACUUUCUCGGUGAUUAUCCAGCGGAGGAUGCUGGACUUUGUCCUGUCGGUGAAGCUUAAGUAUGUGAAGUUGGGUUAUAAUUACCUGAUGGACCACGGAAUAUACUUGACCACCAUCCCGGUUUUGGUGCUGGUCAGCCUGACCAAGGAGGAGUUGUGGCUCAGGAUUUGGGACAACGCCGCCAUAUAUAACCUUGCCUCCGUCCUCGCCUGUUUGGGCCUUUCAUUUUUCACGCUCUCCAUAUACUUCCUGUCCAGGCCGCGCUCAUCUAUUUUCUUGGUUUCGCAUAUUACAAACCAAGUCAUGAUUUGA